AUGUUCCUCGUAUUCGUUCUAUCCUUAAGUGGCAUUUUAUUUAAUACUUUAGUAUUAGCUGAUGUUCAAAGGCUGGCGUUGGACGCACAUUCCUUUGGGGUUUCUUGCCUUCCUAUAAUGAAUGAACCAGAAGCUACGUUACUAGGUGGAAUCAAGAUUUUCUUGGACGAAUUGAAAUUAAAUAACGGACAAGAGCCAACAGAUUUAAAGAUACCGGUGUUGCUAUUUCGUUAUGAAGAUAUUCUUAACUUCACCACCCUUCCCUCGUGGGAGGAAUACGACAAGGGAUAUGCAUCUAACUAUAGCUCUAGCAACUUGAAUUGGGAUAAUUAUUUCUUAAAAAAUUCGGUAGACUUUGAAGAAAAUAAGUUCAUAUUAGAUUUGUAUGAAGGGUACAAUGAAAUUGAUGAAAAGCGAAUUUAUAAUGGAUUCUUAGAUGUGUCAAAAGAGGAUGGUCAUGCUGAAGCUUUAUUACCAGCCUACCAGUCUGGAAUUUAUUGCGCAUAUGUUGCACCACCUAUUAACAGGGACAUCAAAACGAUGAAUAUAUCGCUUGCCCUUCAGUAUUCUAAAUUUUAUUCGACUAAUAUGUCGUAUGUCGACUACUGCCAGGUAAGAUAUAUUAUCGGUACUGGCUUAUUGUUAGCAAUAUACUUGAUAAAUAAUAUUUUGCAAUUUAAAAAAGAUAAACAAUUGGACAUCAAGAAUAUGCCAAUUAUUUCAAAGACAGUUAUAUUUUAUGUCUUGAUACCAUUAUUAUCACUCAUGUCACUUGAGUGGUUUGUUGUAUUUAUCGAAAUUCACUGCAAUUUGAGUAGUCGAAAAAUAAUAUGCUUUGAAUAUUUCCGUCUAAUAAUAGAAUUGAUACAACCUAAUUGGAGGAUAUUGCUCAGGUUUUAUGUUUUACUCUUUACUAUGGGAUAUGGUGUCAUUUAUUACCAUAGAGGAGCCUCUCGCACAUUCAGUAAAAUGCCAAAGAGGACGAUGAACGUAGCCUUUUCACUCUUUGUCACAGAUUUAAUUUUGUCUAAUAUAGAAAAUGCAUAUUCUAAAUUUGAAAAAUAUUUGAUAGCAGACCACACUUGGGCCUUAUAUGAAGAUGUGAAGGAAUUUAUAUGUACCAUAUGUUUCCUUGGUUCGUACGUAUUUCCUUUCGUCUUAUAUUUUGCAUCAUUUAUCUAUUAUUUUAAGACAAAGAAUAUUAUUAAGAAAUUACCACCUAUGUCGAGUGACAUAGAAGGAAUCGAUGCCAAUACCAGAAUCAUGAAAGCAUUUAAACAAUCUAGUCUUGUCAUCUUUAUAUCACCAAUUAUUUCGGGAAUUUUAUGGUUAAGUUCAUUUGCACGUACUGCCAUCAAAGCUUUUUUCUCAAUGAUGAAUGAAAUUUCUUCGGACUUGGACGUAAGUGUCGAAGAUCCAUCAAGAGGAUUGCUCAUAGAUCUGGUAAAAAAGACAAACCAUCUAAUGCUGUUUAGUCAGAACACUAUGAUGGCUUCUUUUGAUAAGUGGCCAAGGGCUAUCAAGAUAUAUCUAACUAUUGCAUUAUUAUACGUGAUUUGGAUAAGAAAUAACAAUGCGUUAAUCGUUGAAGAUGAAAAAGGGGACCUCAAAGAGUAG